GUCAGCAGAGCAAGAUGGCGGUCCCUACAAAACAGUAUGGGCUGAUCUUGCCUCAGAAAAAAGGAGUGUCAAAGACCCUGCAGAAACACUCAGUGUUUGGAGAUGACUCGGAUGAUGAGACCACAGUUGGGGAGAGUCUGCAGAAAGAAGCUGUCAAAAAGAAGAUGAUGAAGCAGACACGUUUGGAGAUGCAUAAGGCCCUGGAACAGGACAGCACUGUAUACGACUAUGAUGCUGUGUACGAUGACAUUCAAAAGCAGAGGCUUGAGAGCAACAAAAAAAUUCUGGGAGGUGUUGACAAAAAGCCAAAGUAUAUCCACCAGCUAAUGAAAGCAGUCGAGGACCGAAAGAAAGAACAAGAACGAAGGGAGGAGAGGAAGAUCCAGAAGGAAAGAGAGGCAGAGGGAGAGAAGUUUGCAGAUAAAGAAGCUUACGUUACCUCCGCCUACAAGCAAAAACUGCAGGAGCAGAAGGAGGAGCUGGAGAGAGAGAAGAGAGAGGCGGCAUUGGAAGCGGCUUUGGACGUGAAGAAACAAAAAGACCUGAGCGGCUUCUACCGACACUUGCUGAAUCAGACUGUAGGAGAGGAGGCGAUACCGGAUCGCUCAGCAAUCAAAACUGAGACCUCAAAAGUUUCAAAAGACACAGAGAGGACUUCGCCUGUUGCCUCAUCUACGUCCCAUGACAAUAUCCCAAGUUCCUGCAGCGACAGUGAGGAGGGUCAUGAGCAGAAGUCUGGGUUUAGCAAACCUGGGACAGGCUCUGCACACUCAAAACGGCAAUACAGACAGAGGUCACCUUCAUCAGGGAGCGGAGAGGAGAGGGACAGAGAGAAGGAGAGAGACAGACAUAAGAAGAGCCACAGAGAUCAAGACAGGGACAGAGGAAGAGACAGGGACAGAGACAGAGAGAGAGACAGGGAUAGAGAUAGAGAUAGAGAGAGAGACAGAGAUAGAGACAGAGACCGAAACAGGGGAAGGGAGAGAGAUGACCGACACGGAGGAAGAAGAGAUGAUAGGGAUAGAAGGAAAGAGAGGGACAGAGACCGAGGCAGGGAAGAUGACAGAAGCAGAGGCAAGGAUACAGACAGGGAAGACAGACAUGGGAAGAGGGAGAGGAGCCCCAAAGAAAGAGAGAGGCAUAAGAAUGGGGAAAGAGAGAAGAGGAGGAAUCCAGAUGAAGUCAAGCAGAGAGACAAAGACCUGGAAGAAGAGAAGGAGAGAAAGAAGGAACCCGAGAAGGAGAUGGCAGUGAAGAGAGAGGAAAAAGAUCCAGAAAAGAAGGAAGCAGUCGCAGAACACAGAAAGGAAAAAGAAGAUGAACAGAAACAGGAAGGGGAGGAGAAGGAAGGCGCAGAGGAGAAGGCGAACAAGUUUGCAAAGCGCAGCACUGAUCGAACUGUGAGUUCGGCAAGAGACCGGUACCUGGCCAGACAGAUGGCCCGCUCAGCCUGUAAGACGUAUAUAGAGAAGGAAGAGGACUGAGAGCUGUGCAGCACAUGACGCAAACUUUGCUGAGUUGGACAAAACCUUUAUCUUGAUUUGGAGAAUAUGGCUAAUGUUAUUCUUUCUCAACAAAUCAAAUGAAAAGACAACACCAAAAGUUACUUUCUUCCUCUGUCAGUACUUUGUGACCUCCCUGCCCUGUUACCUGAGCCCAUUGGUUCCCACUGAAGAUGUAAAUCUUUAGAAACUGAUUUUCUUUUCAAGGCCCAAUGAAUCCCUAAACAGCUUGGCAGUGUAGAUUUUAGCAAACACUCCUCAAAUUAGAGUAAACAGGGCAUUUAUUGGGAUCUAUUUUCAGCUGUGGAUUAAUACACUUUUGGUAUACUCAUGAGUCUUUACAUCACUAAUACAGUGUAUGUGGAAUACAGCUGUCGCAGUAACAGCAAUAUUGCAGUACAGCGCCAUUGACAAGCCAACCACAGGAGAUGGCAAGCAUUGCCACCGCUGUUAUGGUCAUGUUUUUUGUUUUUUGUUUUUUUCUUUUCCCCAUGGGAACGCAGCAUACUUACACUAUGCUGUGUAUGCCAGCAGCGUGAUGAGGCGCUGAGCGUCUAUUCUGCACCAAUUGCUGCCAUUUUUUCUGGUUGCUGGGAAUUUAAAAAUAUUCCUAUUUGUGGGGCAUUGGUAGCGUAGUGGAUAGUGCUGGCGCCCCAUGUAUAGAAGCAGUGCCUCGCUGCAGUGGUCGCAGGUUCGACUCUGGCUUGUAACCAUUUGCUGCAUGUCAACCCUCUCCCUCUCUCACCCCAUUUCACUCUGUCCUGCUCAUUAAAGGCAAAAAAGCCCAAAAAAUAAUCUUAAAAAAAAAAAUCAUAUUUGUGUAAAAUGCUGCCGUCACUAGAACUUUUUACACAGCCUUCCAAUCACAGAAGUGGAAGGUCAGGACAAAUACCACAAAGACCAACUGUCCUGUCAAUGAACAGCAGCAUUGGAGGAGAAAUUAAUACUGAACCCAUACAGACCAGCACAUCUGUCCUCUCUCCCUAUGUGCUUCAGCCUUGCCUUCAUCCAAGCAGGUACUCUACCUUAAGCCGACAUUUUUACUUGUACAGAUAUUCAGUUUCCUUCCCAACCAAAGCAUCUCAGCUGAAAAAAAUGCUGUGCACCGUUUUGAACCUCAUUGCCCUUUUGUGUUCUGAGUUUAAUAAGGAUAAUAAUAAGUGUUAAUAAGUAUUUCAUUUGUUUUAAAACUGUCAUUUAAGAAGUAACAAUAUACCUAAUAACAGCCUGACAGUAAGCUUAUACAAAGCACUAAAAUUAGGAUACAUGAAGUUAUUGCAAAAACCACAUAAAAUGGCAGUAAUACUGAAUAUUGCGCUGUUGGCUCACCCUCAGUCACCACAGGGAGGUUUCUUCAGCAGGACAACCCUAAUGUGGAAUUGACUCAAAAUACAUUUCACUGUGGCUUACUGAGGUGAUUGUUUUGGACAACACUAGAGGUAACUGUGACAUUAAGUUAAACCAGGCUGUGGCCAUACAUACUGUAGAAUUCGUUUGUCUUUUCAUGGGAUUUGUUGACAAUAAGAAAAAUACUGAACAUGGCCGACGUUAUCCUGUAACUGCUGACGGCACUGUACACUGCAGUGGGCAGAGUCAAACAGCAGAGUGUGCUCAUGGUCAGAGAGAGAGAGACCUGGACAAUAUUUUUCUUUUGGACUUGAAUUGGUGGCAUUUUCAAUUAUUGUGAAAUAAGAGCACUGAACUGUACAUAUGAGUUUUGACAAAGAGCCCCUUGUAACAUCUCAUACAGGAAUAAGUGUACAUAGGAAAUUUUAUCUUAUUGCUUCAUUUGGAAGAAGUGUGGAGCGACGAGCGAGCCAGUGAUGUUGUGUUUGAUCACUUGUGUUGGGGUUUUGUAUCUUUCUGAUAUAGUCAGUGACGAUUUAAUAAAAUCAUUUCUGGUCCACUGUU